ACCGCCGAGACCGGGGCCUGCACCGUAGGCGGCAGCGAGUCGCGUGAUCUUGAGAGAGCUACUGCCGAGACAGGGGUUGAUAACUCUCUCGAAGGAAAGCAAGAAGGAGAGGGUUGAGGGAAGAGCUCAGUACCUCGCUGAUGACUCGGAUCGCACCGCAGCUGCUGGGGGGGAGUUCCUCUCCUUGCUUCUCCAGAAAAUCCAAGGCACUGAGAGUUACACUAAAGAAUCGGAUCCGACGCUCGCUAAUCGUGCCCAACAGAACCGAAAAAUCUCCCGAAAAUCCCUCCUUGCCCACCCUACGCAACUACUUCCCCAACCACCAACGCUGAACGUCGAUGCCGCCACUCCGGCCGAUCAACUCCGCACCGGUGACAUUGGGGAUGGGAUUUGUAAAAAAUUCCGCCGCUUUAGCACUGCUUUGCAGUACGCCGCAGUAUUCCUCCCCGAGGGGAUCAUCUUGACCAUCAAAUUCACAACGAGUUUCGUGUUUGCUAAGACAUUUAGAUUCAACAAAUGAACAGGGUACUCUAUUCUCGUUUUUCGCUUGCUCUGAUGGCUCGGGAAUAGUCCCCACCCCUAAGGGUACAUUAGGGUUCCAUCGUUUAAUUGGUAUCAGAUCUACAAUUGGAUGUCGUGAGGGCUUAGUUUGUUCCCCGCGAACGAGGGCGAGACAUAAUCUUCAUCUUCCAGUUCGGACGAAUCCGGAAGCCAGAAUCGCCAUUGAUACCGUGAUCGGAUCCGACAUCUUUUGGUUGGACGUCCUGCUUCAGUUAGAACCUUGGCAAAAGCCAUUUGAAACGAUCUCUUUUUCAGGCGGAGCCACUUAGCUCGACGCCUGGCCAUCCCAGUCAAAUCCCUCUCCGAAGAAGGGCUCGCCGAUUCCAGGAGAGGCUUCCCUUCCCUGCUAUUGAUCAGAGCUUUUUGUCAACCAGGCUCCCGACGACGAUGCCAUGUCAACAAUGGCGAAAAGGAAGACCCUUAAUUCUGGUUCUUCAUGCUGGCUUUGUAAAUGACGAUGGCGGCCCGCGAUAGCCACCGCCCAAGCACCGAAUAGAGCAGAAGGAGAGAGGAGAGAACUCCUCCCUUUUUUUUCUUUUGAUAAUUAAACAAAUUCAAGGAUCACAUAAAAACAUGUUUAUUUAAGUUUUUGGCAAUUUUUUUUCUUUGGUAGGAACUAAAAUUAAAUACAAUAAAACAAGAAAAGGGUGAAAUUGGAAAGCAGAUUCAGAUCCCUAAAAUCGUCAGUCUGGUCUCUCGCUUUCGCUCUCGCACACAGUAUUCGCUUUCGUCGCUAGCUGGAUACUCUCGAUCUGCUUCUCCGAAAGCUGCUUUCACUUGGUCCGCCAAAGUUGCCACUCACUUCUGUUUCCUUUUCCAUCUGCAGCAUCGCCUCCAGUCUUCUUGCCUGAAUCUUACUUUGCUCCUUCAAGUCAGAAAUGGGAAGAAGUAGAUGACUCAUCUACAGGGAUGCAGGAUUUGAUAGGUAGGAAUUUAUACUAGGAUAUUAGUUGGGAGUUGUUUUUGGAGCACUAUGGGUGGCAUUUGCUGUAAACCCUCUUCUAUAGUGGAUAACAAAGAAAGGCUCUCAAGUAAAGAAUCAUCUGAUUUGAGGAUAUCAAGGGUCACAUCUUCAAGGAGGGAAGAUGAGUAUAGGCCUAAAGAUAGGUACAACAGCAAUGUCAGGAGGACAAUGUUAAUUGAUAAGCAAACCGAUGGGUCAAAUAGAUUGCAGGUCAGUGAGAGUGUUGAUAAAAAGAGGGAGAGGAUGGAAUAUGCUGUUGUGCAAUAUCCAAGGAUUGGUAGCAUACCAAAAGCGAUUGAAGGAGAGCAGGUUGCUGCUGGGUGGCCUUCCUGGUUAGCUGCAGUAUCUGGGGAAGCAAUAAAGGGGUGGCUUCCUAGGCGGGCUGAUUCUUUCGAGAAGCUGGAUAAGAUUGGACAAGGAACCUAUAGCAACGUUUACAGGGCGCGUGACCUUGAUCAGAAAAAGAUUGUUGCUUUAAAGAAAGUGAGAUUUGAUAAUCUUGAACCGGAUAGUGUUCGCUUUAUGGCAAGGGAGAUCCACAUUUUGCGUAGGCUUGACCAUCCUAAUGUUAUAAAGCUAGAAGGCUUAGUUACAUCAAGGAUGUCUUGUAGCUUGUAUCUUGUCUUUGAAUACAUGGAGCAUGACUUGGCUGGUCUCGCCUCACAUCCAGGUCUUAAGUUUACUGAAGCACAGGUGAAAUGUUACACGCAACAACUCCUACGAGGUCUUGAUCAUUGUCACAGUCGUGGUGUCUUACACCGAGAUAUAAAAGGUUCCAAUCUAUUAAUUGACAAUAAUGGUAUCCUGAAAAUUGCCGACUUUGGUCUAGCAAGCAUUUACGAUCCCAGUCAUAUUCAGCCGUUGACAAGCCGGGUUGUGACCCUUUGGUAUCGUCCGCCGGAGCUUCUACUUGGAGCGACGUACUACGGAACUGCUGUGGACUUAUGGAGUACUGGUUGCAUACUUGCUGAAUUAUAUGCUGGCAAGCCUAUUAUGCCUGGUAGAACUGAGGUGGAGCAGCUGCAUAAAAUUUUCAAACUUUGUGGUUCUCCUUCUGAGGAUUACUGGAAAAAGUCAAAGUUGCCUCAUGCUACUAUAUUUAAGCCUCAGCAACCUUAUAGACGCUGUGUAGCUGAUACAUUUAAGGAGUUCCCUGUGCCCGCUUUAGCACUCAUGGAGACCUUGCUUUCCAUUGAUCCUGCGGAUCGGGGAACUGCAGCUUUUGCUUUGAGGAGUGAGUUCUUUACGACAAAGCCACUUCCUUGUGAUCCUUCAAGCUUGCCAAAAUAUCCCCCGAGCAAGGAGUUUGAUGCAAAAAUGCGAGACGAAGAAGCUAGAAGACAAGGUGCAGUAGCAAGCAAGGGCCACCGACAUGACACUGAACGAAGAGGAACAAGAGAAUCUCGAGCAGUGCCAGCACCUGAUGCUAAUGCGGAGUUGGCUGUAUCUAUCCAGCAGAAAAGGCAAUGUCAGCCAAACUCUAAAAGCCGCAGUGAGAAAUUCAAUCCUCAUCCAGAAGAAGUCGCUUCUGGGUUUCCAUUCGAACCACCUAGACCAUCCCAAGUCACCGAAUCAAGUGGAGAGCCCCCACAUCAACAGCAGCAUAGGCGAGGUUCUCAUUCAGGCCCACUUGCUCAGCGUGUUGCUUGGUCUAAAGCGGGUACUAGGAAUCCCUAUGAAGCUCCUAAGGUUUCUAGUGGGGCUGCUGACUUGUCAACAAUGCCUGCUGGGUUAGUAGCUGCAAGGAGAAGCUUGUUGACUGAGGACCGAAGGGAAAGAUCGGUUCAACCACAAUCUGAAGUCCCGAAACUAAUAGCACGGUUUCCUGGAUCUUUCAAGGAAUCCUCGGAGUCCUUCGGCCAACAAGAUCAGAAGCAUCACCAUUUGCAGGGUUUCACUACAGGUGCCCAUCAGAGGGAGGAUGGAAGGGCUGGCUGCGGCAAUCCUGUCCUUGUUGGGCAUGGGUCAAAGGGUCCCAAAAUCCACUACUCUGGUCCACUGGUUCCAACUGGGAACAUGGAUGAAGUACUGAAGGACCAUGACCGCCAUAUCCAGGAAGCCGUGAGACGAGCACGGAUUGACAAGGUAAAGAUAAGGAAAAUUCAGGUGGAUGGCAGUCAAAUAUCAACCAAUUCAUUAUUCGUUUCUGGUCGUUAAAAAGUUGUAUAAGGAGCUUAGAAAGCAUAGCUAGCUAGACGACCAUUUUAACCAAGUGGGUUAAUUUAAUCUUUGAUUAGCUCAUUGAUAAGUUCUCAUCUCUCUUCCUCUCUGAUGGCAAGUGUAUCUAUUGUAUUUACUUACACUCUCUUCUCUGUCUCACUUAAAUAUGUAAUGUAUAUGUUCAUGAGCUCUUCUUGUAGAGUCCAUCGUCGUUGAUACUUGUGGAUUCCUGAAUGGAAAAUUGAUAUGCUUCCUGGGCUAGUUUGAAUUUUGUACGUUUAAUAUCGUCAGAAUCAGUUGACGUAGUUCAGAUGAUUGAGAUUUGCUG